CACUCGCUAAGCCGCCCCACACAGGUCGCACUCCCAAUUUUGCACUCAAUCGAGACUCAAGAAUCGCUUCACACACCACUUCAAUCUCCCGUUCAUCAACGUCAAUCAUCCAACAUGGGUAAGGUUCACGGCUCUCUCGCCCGUGCCGGUAAGGUCAAGGCUGCUACUCCUAAGGUCGAGCCCCAGGAGAAGAAGAAGAACCCCAAGGGUCGCGCCUACAAGCGUGUGCUUUACACCCGCCGUUUCGUCAACGUGACCAUGACCGGUGGCAAGCGCAAGAUGAACCCCAACCCCGGUCAAUAAAUUAUUCAAGUCGUUAAAACAACCACCUGAGCCGCGAUCGGCUAGUCGAGUUCUACGAUAAAAAUCUUCGCAUUGCCACGACACGACCACGGCCCAAACGAA